UGCAGGACUUCCUCCGAAAUAUUCCCUCCAAACUCCUGUCGGCCGACCUCUUUGAGAAGUGGAUGCAAGCUCUGGAGAAGCCAAGCAAGCAGGAAAAAAUUGAAGAAUUGAAAGAGGUGGCGGACAACCUGCCUAGACCUAACCUCGUCUUGCUCAAGCACUUGCUGUCUCUGCUCCACCACAUCAGCCAAAAUGCCGAGACCAACAGGAUGGACUCCAGCAACCUGGCCAUCUGUGUUGGCCCAAACAUGCUGAGCCCAGAGGCGGACAACACGCUCCCACUGGAAGUGCAGAAGGAGAUGAAUGACAAGGUGUGUUGAACCCGCCAAGCAGCCACCCCCUUCGGGGCAGCUCAGA